GUACAUGAACGCUAUUUCGACAUUUACUUAAUGUAGCGUUUGCUUUCGUUUGCCUUUUCAUUUCAUUUUUUUUAUUUUUUUCGUAUAAUGAACAACAAUCCGCUGUGCUUACGAUCGUCUACCCCUCCUGUGGAAACAAAUCGCCAGUACUGAGAAUUACCCCCCCCUUAAAAUCGGCAUUUCCCACACUGCACUUAAUUGCACGUGACUUAAUCCGUUCACUCACUAUGUCCCUUCGCACACCCCCACGAGAUAGCUAUUUUUUUAAGCACUAUUUUGGCUGUUUAGAGAAGGUAGAAAAAAAAAAAAGUGGUGAGGAAAGAAGCCCUCAGGGGCACAGAGCCGCAGCUAAGUGUAUAUACAUGCAUACGCAUAUUUGCACGAACAAACAGACACACGCAUUUUUUGCUAUGCCUCCAUUUUUGAGAAGGCCAAGGAAAAGCAGGAGUGAAGUAAAAUCAUUACGCAGUGAUAAACGCUUCAAAAUGAAAAGACAAACUGACAUUCAACACGUUUAGACAAACCUCGAAUUAUUUUCAGAACUAUGCUAAACGAGCUACUACACACAACGAAAAAACAUAAAAUGCAAAACAGAAAAAAAAAUAUAUAUAAUGGGAGAAGAAAAAAACCUAUGCAAUUCUCCGUUCAUGCUUACUUUAAUAAAAACAGAAUGGUCAAUUUUUAAACUUGCUCAAAGGUCUUAUGUACCACGAAGUAAGACUUUAAAGGACGCAAAAUGGGAAUAAUAAACAAAAUGAUCAUCAUUUCUUAAUUUUUAAUAACCGCACAUGCAUAUUCUAAUUAGGGUAAAGCAUAUAUUUGAG